CUCAGCGCCCUUGGGCCAAGAGUCGCUUCCCAGCCUCGCCCAUUCUGCUCCUUUGCCCCUGACCCUUCCCUGCAUCGGCCAUCGCUUCGUUUCCACCCGGUCCAGCUCAACCUGCCUGACUCGACCCAGUUCGAUUGAGUCCUGCCCUGCCCUAUCCAGCCCUAUCCAGUCCACCUCAAUCCAGCCCAGUUCACGCCACCCACUCGCAUCAGCAUGCCUUCGACUGCCGCAUCGAAGCGGCAUCGUCCCCGCAAACCCGUCUCCGUCUCAUCGCCCCGUCGUCCCGCUCGCUCGUCUGCCCUACCGAGCGCCAAGGCCCACUUUCCCUCGCUCGGCGAUUCGGCCGUACUGUCUGACGGAUCCGGCUCCUCCACCGACGAGGACGACCUCGACUUUCCGCUGCUCAAGCACCGGCACUCUGCUACGGAUUCCGCGGAGACCACGCCUGUCGUCGACGCCGAUGGCGAUCCCAUGCAUACUUAUGCCGAGGACCAACCCGAGCCCGCCAGCUACAAGCGAUUCAGCUCGUCGCAGCUCAAGGCCAAGGUCAUGAAGGGCAGCCUGAGCGCCCGGAGAAGCAUUAUGCACGCCCUCACUCGGUGGCCGUUGCUGCUCUUUGUCUUUUGCGCCGUCCUGAUCGACCUGAUCUUCUACAUCACCGUCCGCAACUGGGUGUCAUGGUGGGAGUAUCUCGUCACUUGGCGCGGGCACAAACGCCAGGUCCACGACCGUAUCCACAAGGCUCGCCAGUUUGAAGAGUGGGAGUCGGCCGCCAAGGAGCUCGACGAUAUCAUGGGCAACGACGAGUGGAAGAAGGAGAAGGAGUGCUCCUACUAUGACUACAAGCUCAUCGAUAAGAUCUCCCGAAGGCUCCGCCGGCACCGACUCUCUGGCACUCCCGGUGCCGCCAGGGAGAUGCGCAAGAUCCUGCAGCACUCGGCCUGCAAAGCCAACAUCGGUGGCAUCGAAAACGAGACGCUGUACUCGCGGACCUACCUGGGCACCAAGAGCCUGGUCGAAGAGUUUGUCGCCGAGGUGCUUGCCUCGCUCGAGUUUGUUGUCCAGUCCGAGGAUCUGUCGCUGGAGGAGAAGCGCAUCUUUCUCAAGUCGGCCUCGCGCACAUACGGCAAGACGGCAUUCUGUCUCAGCGGAGGCGCUACAUUCGGAUACUACUCAUUGGGCGUUGUGAAGGCAUUGCACGAACACGACCUGCUGCCGAACGUCAUCACCGGCACUAGUGCCGGUAGCUUGGUUGCCGCCAUGAUCUGCACCCGGACCGACGACGAGCUCCGCAGCGAAAUCUUCACCCCGGACCUCUACAGACACUUGAGGCCGUGCUCCGACUCGGUGUGGACCCGCACCAAGCGCUUCUGGACAACCGGCUCGAUGUUCAACUCGCAGGAUUGGUAUGAGAAGGUCAAGUGGAUCACCAAGGGCCACUUGACCUUCAUGGAGGCCUACAAGCGCACCGGCCGCGUGCUCAACAUUGCCGUCGUUGCCACAGAGCCGCACUCGCCCCCGAAGCUCCUCAACUACAUUACGGCGCCCGAUGUUAUCAUUUCCUCGGCUAUCCUCGCCUCGGCCGCCAUCCCGGGCAUCCUCGACGCCGUGGAGCUCAUCAGCAAGACCGAGAAGGGUGACUAUGUGCCCUUCCGCGGUGUCGGCAAGCGAUGGCGCGAUGGCUCGCUCCGGACGGAUAUCCCCGAGCGCGAGCUGCACCAGCUCUUCAACAUCAACUACACGAUCGUGAGCCAGUGCAAUCCGCAUAUCCUUGUGUUCUUUUACCAGGGCCGCGGAAGCCCGGGCUAUCCAGUCGCUCACCGUCACGGCCGCGGAUGGCGCGGCGGCUUCCUCGCCUCGGCGAUCAUCCAGCACUUCAAACUCGACCUGCUCAAGUGGCUCCGGCUCCUCCGAGACCUCGAUCUGCUGCCCAAAGUGAUGGGCACGGACCUGUCGCGUCUCUGGCUCCAGCGCUUCGAGGGCUCGGUCACCAUUCUGCCCCAGCCCAUUCUCGAAGACUACCUGUGCAUUCUCACAGACCCGACCCGCGACCGCAUGGUGCGGUAUCUCAGCCACGGCCAGGUGCGGUGCUGGCCCAAGCUCCACAUGAUCAGCAACCGGCUCCGGAUCGAGCAACUACUGCGAAGGCUUGGCAAACAGCUCUCUGCGCGCACCGGCGCCACGAGUGGCAAGCCGGCAGACCUUGAACUCGAAGCUGGGGCUCGCCCUGUUGCGGCAUCGCACAGACCGGGAUCAUCGGCCAACUGCAACAGCAUCAGCUCGAUCGAGUCGGUGCAGUGGGACCACAAGCCUGCCCCUCCCAGCCCCGUCGAGAACGAGUGGAGCAGCGACGACGACUACUGGUGGAACAGCUGAGCACGGCCAACGCUUGCAAUCCGCGGCUCAGCGCCCCCCCCCCGCGAUCCCCACCCGUCUGUUCCUACGAGC